AUGACGCCUCUACGCCUUCGAAUCCCGAGUUUAAGAGCUCCCACCACCCCUCUCCACCGACUCACAGGUCUCCUACCCAGCCAGCAACAUCAGUCUCAAUGCCAGCCCCGAGAACAACCACUCCUCACCUCGACCACCAUCACCGCCCGCCAUCAAUCCUCCUCCGUUCCCUCCUCCACCUCCUCCUCCGAAUGCCAACAGGACAUCCAGGCGAACCGGUCGGCGCAACAAGACCGGACGCGCAUCAGCCGCCAACCGAGUGAGUACAGCAAGUCCGGGACAGAUGACGCCGUGGCCGCCCAGGCCGUGUCGUUCUCGCCCGACAGUGCGGCGACCGCGGACCCGGCCAAGUCGAUCGCCCAGGCGGCCGAGCAGAUGCAGAUCCAGAACCUGACGGGUGGUGCAGCAACGACGAGGACCUCGAGUCAUAACAAUAAUACUUCUUCCCCGACACCGUCCGCUCAAUUCAACCCGCUCGAAGUCAGCCCGGCCAACGUCGAGAUCAGCUCGACCACGUCCGAGAUCGAGGGCGCCGCCACGGUGCAGGGCGACGCCAUCCCCCACGCAUCCUCUCAGAGCAGGACCUACGUCGGCACCACCACCCAAAAGUCCAAGUCCACCACUACCACUGCCACCGCCACCACAACCAACGCCACCGACGCGCCCCCGCGCAAGAAGGUCUUCGCCGGCACCGAUACCAGGAAGGACGCCAUGCCGGGUGGCGGCCGGGGGCCCAUUAUCCGGCCGGGGGCGAGGUAA